AUGUCGCUUCCUCAACGGCCUGGGCGGCCCGAACUGUCCCAACAGCCAUCGUUUCGAGAUUCUUCAUACCAUCGCCGAAGACAUGAUAUCGAAUCAGGCGGAUACAGCGACACCCCCGCCAGCCCGGGCUCGCAAUCGCGUCGAAACCAGGGCUUUUUUUCCACCGGGCAAGCCUCUCCAUCUUCCCCGCGAGAACAUGACCGAAUGGUAUCUCCCGACUUGAAUCGUAAACGCAGUCUGAUCCGGCCCGAAAGAACCCGCAUCGGCCGCGACCACCCCAACUACCAUUACCGCCAGCAUGCCCAAAAUAUGCCCACCUAUCCAUCAACAACGGGCAAUGAACCUGUCAUGGAAGACCCUACUGAGGCGGAAACCGUCAGCACCGGAAGCACAGACACAAAAAGCUUAAAACGCGAAAAGGGCAACCCCAGCAUGGAAUAUGAGGCACCUCGUAGGGCUAGGCCAGGCCCCCCAGUUUCCAGUCAGAGCCAGGCCAACGUACAGCGAAAAUUAUCGCGAAAGCUAUCCAGGUCCCAAAAGGAAAACGAGAGAAGGCGCCAAAAAGAAUUAGACGCAAUUCGACCUCCUAGUCUCUGGAACGUGUACUGCGCCAUGAUAACCUUUUGGUGUCCUGAUUUCUUGCUAAAAUGCUUCGGGAUGCCGGCCAAAGCCCAACGAAGAGCGUGGCGUGAGAAAAUGGGUCUUAUCAGCCUGAUUCUUCUUAUCUGUGGUUUCGUCGGUUUCCUGACCUUUGGCUUCACCCAGGUUGUUUGUGGAAAUCCAGCCACACGGUUAAAGGUUAAUCACGUCGACUCAGGCUAUCUAAUUAUUCACGGCAAGGCAUAUAACUUGGUCGAGUCCACGCAUCCUGCUGCCAUUGGAGUUCCUGGCGGUUCAAAUGUCCUUUUCGACCUGACUGAGAAAAACGGAGGCAAGGACGCGAGCUUCUUGUUCCAGAAUGUUAAUGGCGAGUGCAAAGGGCUCAUCACUGCUGUCGAAGGCUCUGAUAUUCCUACGAAUUCCGAACAAGAAAUGGGCUGGUACUUUCCAUGCUCGUUACUUAACCAGGAUGGCUCGAGUAAACCAAAUUUUACCGCGCCGCGUUACGUCGGAUACUCGUGCCACACCACCCCCAAGGCCAGAAACGCACUCUACAGCUUGGACAGCUACGGUGAUGUCUACUUCACCUGGGACGACGUGAAGAACAAGUCCCGCAACCUGGUGGUCUAUUCGGGCACUGUCCUCGAUUUGGACCUUUUGGCGUGGUUCAAUACUAGCCAGGUAUCAUACCCAUCACGAUUCGACGAGCUGCGAAACAACCCAGACUUCAAAGGCGUGGAUCUCACCCAUAUGUUCCAAUCCGGCUCAGAGAAGAAAAUUGCAAAGUGUCUAUCAGAGAUCAUUAAAGUGGGAUCUGUUGACACCGAAACCGUUGGUUGCAUCGCAUCCAAGACCGUGUUGUAUAUCUCCUUGGUAUUCAUUCUAUCCGUUGUCGGGGCGAAGUUUCUCCUUGCCUUGACCUUCCAGUGGUUUAUUGCGAGACGGUUUGCUGCCCCCAAAACUGCCAUUGAUCCUCAGUCGAAGGAACGGAAACGCCAGAUUGAAGACUGGAGCGAUGAUAUUUAUCGUCCCGGCCCGCGCCUGAAUGAUCCUGCUGCUCCGGGUUCAAAACGUGGAAGCAACCUGUUCCCUACAACGUCCCGUUUCUCCAGCCCUUAUGUCAUGGGUGCUCAAAAACAACGACCCGCGCCGACAACAAUGGCAAGCCAAAAUGCCGGCAGUCGUCUCAAUGCACCAUCUGCCAUGUACAAGGCUGGCCAAAAUUCUAGUCAAGCUACCCUGAGCGUUGAGCAUCUCAACCGCCAGAGCGUCGCAGCCAGCCGAUCGAGUCUCAUGGUACCAGACCCGCGUUACUCCACCAUCAGCGACAUUGAGGGCAAAGGACCAGCUGAGUUGAUCCAUGAGGCGGUUGUGCCCCAGCCACCCCCUGAAUGGCAACCUUUUGGCUAUCCGCUAGCUCAUGCUAUCUGUCUUGUCACCGCCUACUCCGAAGGAGAAGAGGGUUUGCGUACUACAUUGGAUUCUAUUGCAAUGACCGACUACCCCAACAGUCAUAAGACCAUCAUUGUUAUUUGCGACGGCAUGAUCAAGGGCAAAGGGGAACAUCUUACCACUCCCGAAAUUUGUCUCAGCAUGAUGGGCGACUUUGCUGUCUUGCCAGAAGAUGUCCCAGCCUUCUCCUAUGUUGCAGUUGCCAGCGGGUCGAAGAGACAUAACAUGGCCAAAGUAUAUUCAGGCUUCUACGAUUAUGGCGAGAACUCCAUUGUUCCACGCGAAAAGCAGCAACGCGUCCCCAUGAUGGUCAUUGUAAAAUGCGGCACCCCAGACGAAUCGAAGAAUAGCAAACCCGGCAACCGAGGUAAACGCGACAGUCAAAUUAUUUUGAUGUCGUUCUUGCAGAAAGUUAUGUUCGAUGAGCGCAUGACUGAGCUUGAGUUUGAAAUGUUUAACGGAUUAUGGAAGAUCACCGGCAUAUCGCCCGAUUUCUACGAGAUUGUUCUCAUGGUCGACGCUGAUACCAAGGUUUUCCCGGACAGUUUAACGCAUAUGAUCUCAGCAAUGGUUAGCGAUCCUGAGAUUAUGGGUCUUUGCGGAGAGACAAAGAUUGCGAAUAAAGCUCAGAGCUGGGUCACCAUGAUUCAGGUCUUCGAGUACUUUAUCUCCCACCAUCUUUCGAAAUCCUUCGAAUCAGUUUUCGGUGGUGUUACCUGCUUGCCUGGAUGCUUCUGCAUGUACCGCAUCAAGGCCCCGAAAGGUGGUCAAAACUAUUGGGUGCCAAUUCUUGCCAAUCCCGACGUCGUUGAGCACUACUCUGAAAAUGUCGUUGACACCCUGCACAAGAAGAAUCUACUUCUUCUUGGUGAGGACCGAUAUCUGUCCACGCUGAUGUUGAAGACUUUCCCAAAACGCAAACAGGUGUUUGUUCCACAGGCGGUGUGUAAAACCACUGUGCCAGACGCUUUCAAGGUCCUUCUCUCCCAGCGACGUCGAUGGAUCAACAGUACGGUUCAUAACUUGAUGGAACUGGUCCUUGUUCGCGACCUUUGCGGUACUUUCUGUUUCAGUAUGCAGUUCGUCGUGUUUAUGGAACUUGUCGGUACCCUCGUCCUUCCUGCGGCCAUUGCCUUUACGUUCUACGUCGUCAUCAUCUCAAUUAUCAAAAAGCCAGUGCAGAUCAUUCCACUGAUCCUUUUGGCCCUCAUCCUUGGUCUGCCAGCGGUCCUGAUUGUUGUUACGGCCCAUCGUUUGGUUUACGUCUUGUGGAUGUUUAUCUAUCUCUUGUCUCUACCGAUUUGGAAUUUCGUCCUGCCCACGUACGCAUACUGGAAGUUUGACGACUUCAGUUGGGGUGAUACUCGUAAGACCGCUGGAGAAAAGACCAAGAAGGCCGGUAUCGAGUAUGAGGGUGAAUUUGACAGCAGCAAGAUUACGAUGAAACGAUGGCGUGAUUUCGAAAAAGAACGUCGCUUGAGAACGGGUGCCGGUGGCUUCUCGCAGUCCGUGACUAAUUUCGCACAUUAUCCACAACACAAUUCCGUAUAUGAGUCUGACUAUUAG